GGCCUCGGCGAGCUCUCCCGCAGCCUGGCCUGGCAGCUGGGAGGCCCCGGGGAGGCCGGCGGCCAGCCCUUGCCGCCCGAGGGGCAGCCGGCGGGGGAGGAGGCGGCGCCGCCGCCCCCCGUCCAGCCCGGCGACACCGGCCUGAAGCUGGGGCUGUUGCCGCCGGAGCUGCACGCCCGGCUGCUGGACCAGGAGGACUACAGGAACCGCACGCAAGCCGUGGAGGAGCUGAAGAGGGUGGUUGGAGGCGCCAGCCCGGCCGCGGUGGCCUCCACGCCGGCCCCCAGCCUCCUGGGGCUCAUCAGCUUGCUCUACACCCUCCUCGACGACUCCAACUUCAAGGUGGUGCUGGGGGCCUUGGAGGUGAUCCAUCUGCUGGCCCUGCGCCUGGACGACCGGGUCCAGCCCUUCCUGGCACCUCUGGUCUCCGCUGCUGCUAAAGUCCUGGGGGACAACAAGCUGGCCAUCCGGCAGGAGUACAACGGCCUCUUCCUGCGGCUGAUGAAGGCAGCGGGUCCUCAGCCCGUGCUGGCCCUGCUGCUGCAGCGGGAGCACCUGCAGCACAAGAACUCCAAGGUCCGCGAGGAGGUGGUCAACAUCUGCAUCGUGGCCCUCCUCACUUACCCUAGCGAGGAGCUGGACUUGGCCAAGCUGGCCUUUGGGCUGGCUCCAGCCCUGGUGGACAGCAAGCGCAGGGUGCGGCACGCUGCCAUGGAGGCCUUUGCUGUGCUGGCCUCUUCCAUGGGCCCCGGCAAAACCACCCUGCUCUUCAAGGCGGUGGAUGCCGUGGAGCUUGAGGACAACGGGGACGGGGUGAUGCACGCCGUGCAGGCCAGGCUGGCCAGGAAGACCUUGCCCAAGCUGGUCGACCAAGGGUUUGUAGAGUACGCUGUGCCCUUGCCCUCCUCUGGUCACAACAGGGGGUCCUGUUUGCCCCCGGGCGCGGAUACGGAGUGGCUGCUGAUGGGCAGCAGGACUCAGAGUGCACACAGUUACUGUGGGUAUCACGCCAGGGAGGAUGCUCUGCAGAACUCUGGCUCCCAGGAGGUGUAUGCUGACCAGGGAGUAAGUCCAAGAAGAGUCUUGAGCGCGGGCAAAGGGAAAAACAAGCUGCCUUGGGAAAAUGAACGUGCUGGAGACAGGGAAGGUGGUUCGGGAGCCAAGAUGCCUUUCACAAAGGGUGUGGAGCAGUUCUCUACAUCCAAUGAUUUUCUUCAUUCUCCAAAGUUAAGGCCCUCUCCAGGAGCACCAGUCAGUGAUGAGUUAUUUUUUAGUAGAAAAAGAGCUUCAAAGAAUUUAUUUCAGAACAGUAUAGACUUCAACUCAGAGCAUUCUUCUGUUUGUGCUGGUGCUACGGGCUCUCAUCAGCCCCAGAUUUCAGGGAAAUGCGGAACGCUCGGGUACACACAGACACGCAGGAAGAGUGGUAGUGUGGACUCUGAAUUACAGUUUUUGGGAUUAAAUAACUGUCAGCAAGGCAAAGUUUGUGCCAGCCUGAAUUUUUCCAGCAAGACCCAGAGAAGUUUUGGCAGCCAAGCAGAGCACACCAUGUCCUUCCCAGGCCCUGGUGGCAGCCAGGGAGCCUUCCUCCUGCCCUCCUGCUCUCUCUCCUCACCCAGGGGCAGCCCCGGGCACGGCUCCUCCCCGGCCCAUUCUCCGCAGAGGGCACAGGACAACACCAUCAGCUUCUCCAGCUCCUGGCCCCUGAAGAGCUUUGAGGGGCUGCCUAAGCCUGGCUCGCAGAAGCCGCUUCUCGGCCAGAAGGCAGGAGACAGUCCAGGGGAGAACCUGCCGGAGAAACAUUCUCCUCUGCAGCUGAAGCCCACCCUGGUGAGACACCCCACCUCCCGCAGGGGCCUGGCGGGGGCCAGACCCGUGCCCCCCAUUCCCCGCCUGGCCAGCCCCCUGCCCGACAGGAUGGAGUUCAACCCGGCCAAGUGGAGAAACCAGGAGGAGGAGGACACGGGGCCGAAGGAAGCAGACAGGAGGCUUGCGGCCGAUCUUUCAGAGCUCAGUGUUGAUGACGAGGAGGUGGACCAAGAAGAGAUGCAGAAUUCCCUCAGAUCUCUACGAAACAGCGCGGCGAAGAAGAGGGCGAAGCUGAGCGGCAGCAUUCCCGAUCCCGAAAGUCCUGACUCUGCCCUGAAGCUGGAUGUGUCCCCAGAGUCCCCCUCCCAGGCUCCCUCCCCGAGCUGGGGCUCCUGCAGUGAAAGCGGGGUUCACAGCCAGGACUCCCCCACCUCCCCCGUGGCCACGGGCCCCCCGAGGAGGAGAAUAACGUCAGACACCUUUCCCCUACUUGGCAGCAAAUCACAGCCUGCAAGAGUGUCUUCAGCAAGAGGCAGGGACCCAAAAGUGGCAGAACACAACUCCAGCACAGAAUUUGAUGAGAAGGGGACUUCUGCUGUCAGCGUCGUUGGCCAACAGUUGAACUGUGGCAAUGGAUGUGGAGAUUAUGAGGACAAGAAGCCAGGAGAAGUGUCACACAUAAUUUUUAAAAGUCAGAAUGCAGAACACCAAAGGAAUUUUAAGCAUUCAAAAGGUCUUGUGGAGUCGAUGUCUAGUUUUCCCCAGAUGAACAAUGUGGAUUUCAUUUCGCCAAGUGUCCUGGCUGACGAUACGGUUGUAAUUGUUGGUAAAGGUGUUUUUGGAAGUCCUCCUUUGGCACAGGCAUACAGCCAGCCCAUAGCCUGUGUCGCCAAUGGAGAUGAUCAGGGUGGCCAAGAGGAGCCUGAGCCAUCCUCAUCCUCAGGGAUCCGCAGGAGGAGCAUCCCGCAGAGCAGUGUGUCCCAUUUCCAUGGUGAAAGUGAAAAGGAGAUAAAAGUCACCAUGUCCAAAUCUGCCCAGGAAAAGAUGAGGCGGAAGAAAAGAGAAGAGAAGGAGCAGAGUCAUAAAGAGCAUCAGGAAGGCAAAGACCUGGAAGAAAAUGAGGAAUACCCUUGGGAAAGACUUAAACUGAAUGAACCAGAGAGAAUGGCAAGAGAAAAGUUCAAUCUCUACGGGGAUAUAUUAACAUCAUCAAGAAACGUAUCUUUGUCGUUAGAAAGCACGGCCUUGAAUAGUGCCUUAAAGAGAACGUCCAGUUUGAAGAAGGCAAAGUGCUCGGCCUUGCUGGAUUCCGAUGAAGUGUCUCUGGGGGCACGAGGACGCUACAAGGACCGGACCCCGUCGGUCACUCACAGCCCCGAAAUCAUGGACCCCUCGGAGCUGCAGCCCUUCUCGAAGCCCGAGGCGGCGCUGACGGAUGCCCUGGCUCUUCUGGCUGACGAUGACUGGGAGAAGAAAAUUGAAGGUCUGAACUUUGUCAGAUGUCUGUCUGCCUACCAUGCGGCUGUGCUGACUGUGAAGCUGCACGAAACGAGUCUGGCUGUGGCUCAAGAGGUCAAGAAUUUACGCUCAGGUGUUUCUCGAGCUGCUGUGGUCUGUUUAGGGGAUUUGUUCACCUACCUGAAAAAGAGCAUGGAUCAAGAACUAGAUAAUACAGUAAAAGUCCUUUUGCACAAAGCUGGUGAAUCCAACACAUUUAUAAGGGAAGAGGUAGACAAAGCACUGAAGGCUAUGGUUAAUAAUGUGACUCCAGCACGUGCACUUUGUUCUCUUAUAAGUGGAGGGCAAAGGUAUUACGGCCGGAAGAUGCUCUUCACUAUGAUGAAUCACCCUGAUUUUGAUAAAACACUUGAGAAGUACGUGCCGAGCAAGGAUUUGCCUUACAUCAAGGAAUCUGUUAGCAACCUGCGGGAAAAGGGGCUGGGGGAGAUGCCGUUAGAUACGCCCUCGGCGAAAGGACGACGGUCCCACACGGGCAGCGUUGGACACUCGAGGUCAUCCUCUACUUCCAGAGAUGCUCUCAGCGUCACUGACAGAGAGGCUGCAGAAGCCCGUGAAGUCACAAGAAAACCAGCUCCUCGUAAUUCCCUGGAAAAUGAAGAAUAUGUUAAAGACAUCAUCGGUUUGUUGAACGCGAAAGACUUCCGUGACCGAAUAAAUGGCAUUAAGCAGCUGUUAUCAGAUACAGAGAACAAUCAAGGCUUUGUUGUGGCGAACAUUGUGAAGAUCUUCGAUGCUUUCAAGUCUCGCCUGCACGACUCAAACAGCAAAGUGAAUCAGGUGGCUCUGGAGACAAUGCACAAGAUGAUUCCGCUGCUGAAGGACAAUUUGUCACCUGUCAUCAACAUGUUAAUCCCUGCCACGGUGGACAACAACCUGAACUCAAAAAACCCAGGGAUUUAUGCAGCUGCCACAAAUGUUAUUCAGGCUCUGUGUCAGCACUUGGACAACUCUUUGCUCCUCCAGCCGUUCUGCACAAAAGCCCAGUUCCUGAAUGGGAAAGCGAAACAGGAGAUGACGGAGAAGCUUGCUGAUGUGGUGACGGAGCUGUACCCUCGGAAGCCGUACGCCGUGGAGCAGAAGGUGCUGGUGGUCCUUUGGCACCUGCUGGGGAACAUGACGAGCAGUGGCUCCUUGCCGGGGGCCGGAGGGAACAUGCGGACGGCCACAGCCAAAUUAUCCCGAGCACUUUUUGCACAGAUGGGCCCCAGCCUCCUCGCUCAGGCUGCCUCCCAGCCGCCCCACAUCAGGAAGAGCUUAGAAGAAUUCCUGGAGGCGACAACCUAGAGGAAGGAGCUCUGUGCCUGCGUGGAGCCCCCCUUGCCGAGGGGCUGGGACAGAGGGACAGCUGUUUACAGGGAGACGCGGGACCCUCCCCGCGUUCCCCAGGCAGAAGGGCCGCUGUGGGAGAGCCUGGGCCGCGCUGGGGCCGGGGAGCAGCCCCUGCUGCCCCUCAGCCUCCCCCCAUUGCUGACCAAUAAAGACACGUACCCACAGCCCCCGCUGCUUCUAGCGCUGAGCUUCGCCCCGUAGAGGAGGAGAAUCCCGGAGAUGGCUGUGCGGCACCCACAGGGGGGUUUGGGUGGCGAUUGUCAAAGAGAGGUUAUUUUUUUUAAUCCACUGACACCGCUGCGCAGUGUUAAGCUUGGUGGGGCGCGGGGAGCUCGGCGCUGCCCGGGGAAGGCCUCUCGGGGGAAACUGGCCUUUCCCUUCCCUUGUGCCCCCUCUUCCCUUCCCCCGGCAGCCCGGUGAAGCGCCUGCGGACGCGCCCCGGCUCCGUCCGUCCGGCUGCCGUUACUGUACGCGUUUUACCCGGGAACCCGCGGCGAAUAAAUGGAUUUAUUUCUGUA